AUGGAAAUAGCUGAUAUGUUAGUUGACAAUGGAAUGUUAUCAGCGGGAUAUAAGUAUUUGAAUAUUGAUGAUUGUUGGGAAGCUUCUUAUCGUGAUCCAAUAAGUGGAAUGUUAAGGUAUAAUGAGACAAAAUUUCCUCAUGGUAUGUUAGCUUUAUCUGAUUAUAUUCAUUCGAAAGGUUUAUUAUUUGGAAUUUAUACAAGUUCUGGUGAAAGGACAUGUAAAAAAUAUCCUGGGUCUUGGCAACAUGAAUAUCUUGAUGCAGCAUUAUUCUCUAGUUGGAAUGUCGAUUUUUUAAAAUUAGAUUGUUGUUAUCAAGAUAAUAUUAAAGAUCGAGCUACUGCUUAUAUAACUUGGUCAAAAGCAUUAUCAAUACAAAAUCGUUCAAUUGUUUUUAGUUGUGACACGGAUGAAUUAUUAUUGAAUGAGAACAAUUUCGAAUUUCCAUUUCAAUGGGCUCCUGAAUAUUGUAAUAUGGCUCGAAUUUGGGGGGAUAUUGAUGAUGAAUGGGAGUCAACAUUAAGUAUUUCAGAUCAUGCAGCAAAUAUCUAUUAUGCUUCUCAACCAGGGUAUUGGAAUGAUUUAGAUAUAUUAACAAUUGGUUUAGGUAAACAAACAAUAGAAGAAUAUACUUCACAAUUUUCUCUUUGGGCUAUAAUGAGUUCACCUUUAAUUGCGGGAAAUGAUUUAAGAAUAAUGAAAAUGGAAAUUGCAAAUAUUCUAACGAAUAAAGAAGUGAUUGCAAUCAAUCAAGACAAAUUAGGUCGAUCAGGUAAUAUGAUUCGACGAGCAUUUGACGGAUCAUACGAAAUCUGGUCAAAACCCGUUUAUUAUGAAAAUAUGUCACACUUUUAUGAUACGAAUAAUACACUACAUUUUAGUCCUUUACCUUUGCAUGCUGUUGUCCUGUUAAAUCGAUUGAACAUUACAGCUAAUAUAACAUUUGAAUUUGAGGAGUUAUUCGGUAAUAAGUUAUCCCCUCAUCAACCUACUCCAAUCUGGACUGUUUUCAUUCGGGAUCUUUGGCUUCAUCAAGAUUUAGGAGAAUUUGUGGAUACUUGGACAGCUAUCAAUGUACCAGUGCAUGGUGUUAGAAUGAUUACAGUUCUAUUGCGCAAUACAACAUAUUUUCAUGGUUAA